CAACCCUGUUCAGUCCUCAUCUGUCUGUUUCUCAUAUUUGCUCAAAUGAAUGUGGAUGUGUCAUUUUCACUCUGUAUAUGUGAGUGUGUGGAACAGUGUGUUUUUGUGUAAGACUGUGAAAAUCCAGCCGUUUCCUGGUUCAGUGUGCGAGCGUUUGAUUCACCUCCUCUUAUUUUUAAGAAGAGAAACAAGACAGUGAAGAAGAAAAUAAAGGAAAACAAGAAACAGAGGAGAGAGCAGUCAGCGGGCGCCAGGAAUAUUUUUUCAGCCUGCUAACAUUUUUUUCUUUUCUAAUUUGACAGUGGAUUUUUUCAGAAAAUUACUUCUUAUUUUUGGCAUACUUUUUAUGUACUGUAGCAUACAGUUUAUUUACUGUCUAAGAGCUACACUUUGCCAUUUGGGUGCUCUGUUUUGCACCUGCAAACGUUACAGGCAAGGACAUACAACAAAGGGCAAGUCAAAUCAUUUUUAAGACAAAAUAUUGGUAAAGAGGUGAAGUCAUGGCUCAUGCUGCAGCUCACUUGAAAAAAGCUCGAGAACUUGAGCAACCUCCAGAGUACAGAGCUCUGCAGAAAGCCAGGGAGAGGAGGAGACGGCAGCGAGAAAGGGCUGAGCGAAAGCGGAAGUCUGACAGUAACACCAGUUUCCUGCGAGCUGCCAGAUCUGGGAAUAUUGACAAAGUCCUUGAAUUUCUGAAAAAUGGGGUGGACAUCAGCACCUGUAACCAGAAUGGACUUAAUGCUCUACACCUGGCAGCUAAGGAGGGACAUAAGGAUUUAGUGGAGGAACUGCUGGAGAGAGGAGCGCUGGUUGACUCUUCUACAAAGAAAGGAAACACUGCACUCCACAUCGCCUCUCUGGCUGGACAGAAGGAAGUGGUCAGAUUACUGGUGAAAAGAGGAGCAGAUGUUAAUGCUCAGUCACAGAAUGGCUUCACUCCACUCUACAUGGCAGCCCAGGAAAAUCACUUGGAAGUGGUACAAUACCUCUUGGAGAAUGAAGGGAACCAAAGCAUUGCAACUGAGGAUGGUUUCACUCCACUGGCCAUAGCUCUGCAGCAGGGCCACAACUCAGUGGUGUCCCUGCUUUUAGAGCAUGACACCAAGGGUAAAGUCCGGCUCCCAGCUCUGCAUAUUGCAGCCCGCAAAGACGACACCAAAUCUGCUGCACUGUUGCUCCAGAACGACCACAACGCUGAUGUCCAGUCUAAGAUGAUGGUCAAUAGAACCACAGAGAAUGGGAAGAGUGGGUUCACCCCUCUGCACAUCGCCGCUCACUACGGUAAUGUGAAUGUCUCCACCCUGUUGCUGAACAGAGGAGCAGCUGUGGACUUCACAGCCAGGAAUGGGAUAACCCCUCUACAUGUGGCUUCCAAGAGAGGCAACACCAACAUGGUGGCCCUGCUUUUGGACAGGGGUGCUCAGAUAGAUGCUAAAACCAGGGAUGGACUGACUCCACUUCACUGUGCAGCAAGAAGUGGACAUGACCCAGCAGUAGAGAUCCUUCUGGAGAAAGGAGCCCCCAUCUUAGCAAGAACAAAGAACGGACUGUCCCCACUGCACAUGUCAGCCCAAGGAGACCACAUCGAAUGUGUUAAACUCCUGCUGCAACACAAGGCGCCUGUUGAUGAUGUCACACUGGAUUACCUCACAGCGCUGCAUGUCGCAGCUCACUGCGGCCACUACAGAGUAACCAAGCUACUGCUGGACAAGAAAGCCAAUCCAAAUGCAAGAGCACUGAACGGUUUCACUCCUCUCCACAUCGCUUGUAAGAAGAACCGGGUAAAGGUGAUGGAACUGCUGGUCAAAUACGGAGCCUCCAUCCAGGCUAUCACUGAGUCGGGUCUGACUCCCAUCCAUGUAGCUGCCUUUAUGGGCCACCUCAACAUUGUAUUACUUCUGCUGCAAAAUGGAGCUUCUCCUGAUGUUCGCAACAUUCGUGGUGAGACAGCACUCCACAUGGCAGCACGAGCAGGUCAGAUGGAAGUGGUUCGCUGUUUGCUGAGGAAUGGUGCGUUGGUGGAUGCCAUGGCCAGGGAGGACCAGACACCCCUUCACAUCGCAUCUCGUUUAGGGAAAACAGAUAUCGUUCAGCUGCUGCUACAGCACAUGGCCCAUCCAGACGCUGCCACCACCAACGGUUACACUCCCCUCCACAUUUCAGCCAGAGAGGGCCAGGUGGAGACUGCUGCUGUGCUGCUAGAAGCUGGAGCCUCACAUUCACUGGCGACCAAGAAAGGAUUCACUCCAUUACACGUAGCAGCUAAGUAUGGAAGCCUUGAUGUAGCAAAACUACUUCUUCAGCGUAAAGCUCUUCCUGAUGAUGCAGGAAAGAACGGCCUAACUCCACUGCAUGUGGCAGCUCAUUACGAUAACCAAGAGGUGGCUCUCCUGCUGCUUGACAAAGGAGCAUCACCUCAUGCUACAGCAAAGAAUGGCUACACUCCUCUCCACAUUGCAGCUAAAAAGAACCAGACGAACAUUGCACUAGCACUGCUACAGUACGGAGCAGAGACCAACGUUCUGACAAAGCAGGGAGUCAGUCCUCUGCACCUGGCAGCCCAGGAAGGACACGCUGAGAUGGCCAGUUUACUGCUGGGAAAAGGAGCCCACGUCAACACAGCCACCAAGAGUGGACUGACUCCUCUGCAUCUCACGGCCCAAGAGGACAGGGUUAAUGCAGCAGAAGUCCUGGCAAAACAUGAUGCUAACUUAGAUCAGCAAACAAAGCUUGGAUAUACACCUCUAAUAGUAGCCUGUCACUACGGAAACGCCAAGAUGGUAAACUUCCUUUUACAACAAGGUGCCAGUGUCAAUGCCAAAACCAAGAAUGGAUACACUCCACUUCAUCAGGCAGCACAACAAGGGAACACACACAUUAUCAAUGUUUUGCUGCAACAUGGAGCUAAGCCCAACACUACUACAGUGAAUGGAAACACUGCUCUGUCAAUUGCCAGACGUCUGGGUUACAUCUCUGUAGUGGACACCCUUAAAGUUGUCACAGAGGAGGUCAUCACUACCACAUCAACGGUCACGGAGAAACACAAGCUCAAUGUCCCAGAGACGAUGACUGAGAUCCUCGACGUGUCUGAUGAAGAAGGUGAGGAUACAAUGACAGGGGAUGGAGGAGAGUACCUGAGAGCAGAGGACCUCAGAGAACUGGGAGAUGACUCUUUGCCAGGACAUUACCUGGACGGCUUUAGCUACAUGAGCCACAACCUGGACAGACCGGGGCACACUCCAAUUCACCAAAGUUUCCACCAGAGAGACGGAGUUCUCAUUGAAGACAUGAUUACAAGCCACCAGGUCUCAACACUGUCGAAAGAGAAUGAAAAGGACUCAUUCCGUCUGAGCUGGGGUGCUGAGCAUCUUGAUAAUGUGGUGCUGUCUACCACACUGCUGCAUUCUGGCCGUUCUACUCCGUGCCUAGACCAUGACAACAGCAGCUUCCUUGUUAGCUUCAUGGUAGAUGCCAGGGGUGGGGCCAUGCGGGGUUGCCGUCACAAUGGCCUACGAAUCAUUGUGCCCCCGAGGAAAUGCUCAGCACCUACAAGAGUGACAUGUAGGUUGGUGAAGAGACAUCGUCUGGCAUCAAUGCCUCCUUUGGUAGAGGGUGAGGGCCUGGCCGGUCGAAUCAUAGAAGUGGGUCCCACCGGAGCCCAGUUCCUGGGUAAGCUCCACCUUCCUACAGCUCCACCCCCUCUGAAUGAGGGUGAGAGUCUGGUCAGUCGUAUCCUACAACUGGGUCCUCCAGGAACCAAAUUCCUCGGGCCUGUGAUUGUAGAGAUUCCCCAUUUUGCUGCUCUGCGGGGCACAGAGAGAGAGCUUGUCAUCUUGAGAAGUGAGACAGGAGAGAGUUGGAGGGAACACCACUGUGACUUCACUGAAGAGGAGCUGAACCAGAUACUUAACGGCAUGGAUGAAAAACUUGAUUCCCCGGAGGAGCUUGAGAAGAAAAGAAUUUGUCGGAUCAUCACACGGGAUUUCCCACAGUAUUUCGCAGUGGUGUCACGGAUAAAGCAGGACAGUCAUCUUAUUGGCCCUGAGGGUGGAGUCCUCAGCAGUACUCUUGUGCCUCAGGUCCAGGCUGUCUUCCCUGAAGGAGCUCUCACCAAGAAGAUCAGAGUUGGCCUGCAGGCUCAACCCACUGAUGUUGACUUGGUGAGAAAGAGCCUUGGUAAUAAAGCCACAUUCAGUCCAAUUGUCACACUGGAGCCACGACGGAGGAAGUUCCAUAAACCCAUCACUAUGACAAUCCCUAUUCCUAAGCACUCCAACAGUGACAGCCAAAGUACAGCGUUCAGUGGAGAAACCCCCACCCUCCGCUUGCUUUGCAGUAUCACAGGUGGAACCACUCCAGCCCAGUGGGAGGACAUCACUGGAUCAACACCUCUAACCUUUGUUAACCAAUGUGUUUCCUUCACCACAAACGUGUCAGCAAGGUUCUGGCUGAUAGACUGCAGACAGGUACAGGAGUCUGUUAAUUUUGCCUCACAGCUUUACAGAGAAAUAAUCUGCGUCCCAUACAUGGCCAAGUUCGUCAUUUUUGCAAAGACUUUGGACCCGAUUGAGGCCCGUCUGCGCUGCUUCUGCAUGACUGAUGACAAAAUGGACAAGACCCUGGAACAGCAAGAGAACUUCACUGAAGUCGCCCGUAGCAGAGAUGUUGAGGUGCUGGAAGGAAAACCUAUAUUUGCUGACUGCUUUGGAAACCUGGUGCCUCUUACUAAGAGUGGACAGCACCAUGUGUUCAGCUUCUUUGCCUUUAAAGAGAACAGACUAGCCCUCUUCAUCAAAAUAAGAGACACAGCACAGGAGCCAUGCGGUCGCUUGUCUUUCACCAAGGAACCACGCACAUACCGUAGUCUUAAUCACAAUGCUAUCUGCAACCUUAACAUCACCCUGCCAACAUACUCUAAGGAAUCUGAUUCAGAUCAAGACGCAGAUGAUGAGAGUGAAAAGAGUGACAAGAAAUUGGAUUGGCAGGAUGAUGCUGAUAGAAAAGAGGAGACCUUGGCAAUCAUUGCAGAUCUUCUGGGCUUCAGCUGGACUGAGCUGGCAAGGGAACUUGAAUUUAGUGAAGAUGACAUCCAGUUGGUGAGAACAGAAAAUCCAAAUUCACUCCAAGAGCAGAGCCAUGCCUUGCUGCAACGCUGGGUUGAACGAGAAGGGAAACAUGCCACAGAGGACUGUCUGAUAAAGAGACUAACCAAGAUCAACCGCAUGGAUAUUGUCCAUCUAAUUGAAACUCAGAUGAACAAGUCAGUUCAAGAGCAAACAUCUAGAACAUAUGCAGAGAUAGAGAAGACACUGGAUCACAGUGAAGUAUCAGUAGCCUUAUCUUCAGUUCAAGAGGAUGCAGAUAGUCCUAGAGUAGUAAGGAGGGUGGAAUCAGACCGCAGACCACCCCCAGCUGUUUCUGAAGAGGACCUUUCAGUCGCUUCUUUGUUGGAUAUUCCUUCCUGGGCAGAGCCUGUUGGACAGACUCCCUCAGAGAGCAUGCAUGGUGAUCUAUUGGAGGACCUUGAGAUCCCACAUGAAUUGAAUCCUAACCUGUGGAACCCUGAUGAUGUAAUUACACAAGAACCUACAAUUUAUGCCACCUUGGAUGAACAAGCUGAUGAAAUGACUGACCUCCCUACGCAAUCAGUGACAGAGGAAAAGUACAAGGAUGAAAAUGGGCACAUUGUUGUCAAAAAGGUUACCCGUAAAAUAAUUCGCAAGUGUGUUUCCUCGGACGGCGUGGAGCAUGAGGAGGUUUCAUCAGAGGGAGCUGCACAGGGAUCUGUCAGUGUGGCAGAGGGAGAUGGAUACUCUAAGGUGGUAAAACGGACGGUGCUGAAGAGUGAGGGAGACCACACACAGGUGACAUUUGCUGAAUGUGAAGGCUUCUCAGCAUCAAAGCAGGCGAUAUCUGAGGGUUCUUCAGUCAGCCGGGUAGAGAGGACGAUGGUCGUAGAAGGUGAAAGGACAGUGUCACACCAAGGUGAUAUGUCUUUGGCCUCUGACCUCCCCUCAGCCCAAGAAGACUUCAAAAAGGGCCCAAAUGCGUAAAUGUCGCACCCUCAGACGGACAGUAGUAAAGGGAGCAGGGCAGAGAAAACAGGUCCUUCUAGAGCAAGUGGACAACCCCAGAAAAGGGUCCAAACCGUCGGAUCUCCAGCAGCAUCUCCACCAGCUCUUUCACCACUACUAUGAAGAAAAAAAGGAGGACACGGACAAUGAAUAGGAGGAGGAAGAGUAGAAGAAUGUGUAACACUCUACCCCACUCCCUGGCUCUGCCCAAGCUAAAGUUCCCCCUAAUCCUAUGCAUUCGCCACAUGCAAUCCCAGUGUGCACCACUGCACUGCAAAGCUACCACAGUCUUCCCAUCUAUGUCCUGGGAGAAUACCUUCUGUUGAAUAUUUGGAGUUUUCUUUCCUGGCUAGUAUUAUGAAUUAUCGAUUUUCUUUUCAUUUUCUAAAGUUGUUUUGCCUUUUUGUGACCAAAGAAAGCCUUCUGUUGUUUUCCUGAUAAUCUUACUUUCCAUAUCAUAAUUGCUGUUGAUGUUUUUGUCAUGAUACUGUGGUAAAGAAACAAAAAACGAGAAGUAUUAUUCAUUUUCACGAACAGCAAACCUCCUGAGGGUAAAGAACACUUUACCUGAGUAAUAUCCGUACGACUCCCUGAGUAUAUGCUUGGACUGAAGGACAAUAUUUCACAUUGCACUGCCUCUCACAUCCACAGUUUCUCAGAAAUUCCUGACUUAAAAGCUCUCUCAUGCACUGUAUUAGCCUCUCCGCUUUUUUGAUUCAGGUGGUCAAGAUGUCACACAUAAAAAAACAGACUGUAUCGACACCGAAUUUAAUUGCUGCUGCUGUGUUUUGUGUAGGCUAUAUGUAAUCUGUCUUUGGGAAUUAUAUUAUCUAUAAUCUAGACAUUACUGACAUCUGUAGCCUAGAAAUUAAUAAUCACUCAUGUGAUGUAGAGCAGGCAUGACUAAUCAACAUCUGUCAUUAUGAUAUUAGCUUUGUAGUUCUAUGGACUGCCUCUCUUUCCCUUAUGUGUGUGUCUUUUUUUUUUGUGGUGUUGCAUUCAGUUCUGUUUCAUUCAGUCUUUAUUUUGGGGUUGAUCAAUCUUGAUUUGUAUGUAUGGAUGAGAACAAUGUAAUGAGUUGUCCUGUAUGUACUGUAUGUCUGCCUUUGUCCAUGCAUGUGUUAACUUAAAUACUGCAGGUGCAUCAAAGAGGGUGUUAUUUGACUUAUUUUGAGUUGAUAUUUGAUUGUUUUUCUGAUGUCUUAUUUUCAGCUUUAUUUUUGAUCUUGAGUUUAGUGUGCAAAGAAGUAUAGAAAUUUGUGUCUGUAUACCAGUGGAAGGUUCUUCUUAUAAGGAAGUGCCUCAGAUUGUACCGCAGUUGAAUGAAAGCUCUUUUAGAGACUGAUAUGACACUUGUGGUAAGGUUAUCGGGUUAUUUAAGUUUGUUUUUUCUUUCUGUCUUUUGUUUGGACACUGGAAUUAUCUGAUCAGGUGUUGGCGGUUGUGCGUUGUAUUUGUGAGUGAGUAAGUGAGUGAGUGAGUGAGUGUAUGAGUGUAGUGAAAGUGUGUGUACCAGUUUCUGUCAGCAAAGUUAAAAAAAAAAAAAAAAGAAAAAAAAAAAAAGAAGACAUUUAUUUUACACAAUCCGCAUUCGCACUCCUGAAUGUCAGGAGGGAAAACCUCCAUGCUUUUUGUGCACAGGAUAUGAGGUACAGUAAAAGUUUAGUCACACAGAAUAUCUAAUUUUGGUGAGACAACUGAUAAAUAACUACAAAAUGGUGAUAAACCAAACACUAGAAGCAGGUUGAGAGCCUAAAUUUAUCAUUAUUCACAGCUCUGAACAAAGCUACCGUAUGUAUCGAUAACAUGUGAUGUAUUUAAUUCACUAUCACUGUUUACUUUGUGAUUUAGAGAAAUGUACAAUGCAAACUAGUUCACUGUGACAGGUAUGCUUUUAUUUUGAUGAAUCAGCAUCCCUUUUCUGUGAUUAUGACAGUUAUAUACAUAUACAAUGCAUAUAUAAAUAUCUAUAAGGGCAUGAAUUACUGUAUCAAAAUUCAAAAAUACAAAAACAAAAUGGCUGCAGUGUGUCUAUGGCUGAUAGAGAAUAAAAAUCUUCAAAUAU